AUGUUUCUCUUCGGCAAGUCGCUGGCCGGCGCCGGAUACGUCGUGCUCAACAUCAUUCGAGUGAUGAACAUCAUUGCACUCCUCACUGUCAUUGCGGCAAGUUCGGUCAUGCUGGUCAAGACCUUCAUCGUCUCCAAAUUCUUCUUUUUUGACGCCUGCGAACAUGUCAUCCGAAUCGUACUCAGUGGUUUCCUCAUCCUCACCGAACUUCCUCUUUUCAAGGCCUAUGUUUCGCGGAACUGGCCCUUGUUCAGUGCUCGAUCCAGCUUCAUCAUGCUUGGGUUCUCCAUGGUCUUUCUCGGCAACAGCAUUCUGGGCAAUCUGAACAAACAAGCAACCAGUCAGAAGAGCCUGGGUCUACCCUUCUGGCGUCUUGUGAUUGCCUCUGGGAUCAUAGUUCUCGUGAUGGGGGCGAUCAAUAUCCUGGCAAGCUAUGUCUUCAGAGAUACCCGAGCACAUCUUACAGCCCGACAAGUUCGAUCCCAUGGCGCAGUGGCAUCUCACAAAGCCGACAUGGAAGCAACCACGCCGAAACCGCCCAGUCGACGCAGUCAUUAUCGAUCGUUCUUCCUCGGCAGCAAACGAGACUCGCUUCCUUCAUACCACUCUCGCAAGAACACCGAGCGCGGCGACAUGGCUCAGACGCCGAAGAUGCACCUUGCCAUUUCGAGCCCCUUUGCUUACCACCAACCUACGACCAAAAAUGCACAAAGUCCAGGAGGAUCCAGCUCCAGAUACAGCCAAAGUCCCAAGACCGAACGACAUGUUGCAAGUCCCGAGCUCUGUCGCCCGGAUUUGGCACACCAUCCUGCCAUCACCCACGGCCAGGCUCUCUAG